AGGGCCGGCGCCCAUUGUCGGCAUCGGCAAGGAACAGGAUCCUUCGGCAUCCUACAUGCAAGCGCACACUGAUGGAAACUAUGCUUUGGCAUGCUGCAACGUUCUUAGGGAUGACGAGGCGUCCUUUAGCAUGCCGCACCGUCCUGUAGCUUGCCGAAGCGUCUCAAUAUCGUAUUUCUCGUCAAAACAGUUUCAGAGUUGUUACAAGCUAGUUGUGUGAGUUGUAUUUAAUAUGGUGGACUGGGAUCUAGUGCUCAUAGCAGCUCUUGCUGAAGAAGAAGAGAAAUCUAAUCAAUCAAGAAGAUUUUGGGUGAACAACCUUUGGAAGCAACGAUAUACGUCCGGUGAAUUCAACAAUUUAUUCAAUGAUUUGCGUUAUGACGUGCGAAAAUUUUAUGACUACUAUAGAAUGAGUUAUGAAAAUUUUGAAAGUCUGGUUCAUUUGCUUCGACCUUUCAUGGAGAAAAAACAAUCAAAUUUUCGCACACCUAUAUCUGUUGAAGAAAGAUUGUCUGUGUGCUUGAGGUUUUUAAUCACAGGAGUCAGUUUCAAAACUUUAGCAUUCAAUUACCGAAUGGGAUUUAGUACAGUUCGUUGUAUAGUCCAUGAAACCUGCCGUGUAAUCUGGAAUAUUCUUGGCCGUAUCGUUCUGCCAAAACCAACAACAGCACAAUGGAAGAUAAUUGCUAAAGACUUUGAUGAAAUAUGGAAUUUUCCAAAUUGUAUUGGUGCCAUAGAUGGCAAGCACUUCAAGAUACGAGCUCCAAAUAAUAGUGGAAGUAUGUAUUUUAAUUAUAAAAAAUUUUUUAGUAUCGUUCUGUUGGCUGUAGCAGAUGCUAAAUACAGAUUUGUCAUUGUCGAUGUAGGUGCUUAUGGUAGAAAUAGCGACGGUGGUAUAUUAGAUCAUUCAAAAUUGGGUUUAAAAUUGCAAAACGACACCUUAAAUAUUCCUCAAAAUGUGAGCUUACGAGGAAUAACUGAAGAAUUACCCUAUGUUUUUGUUGCUGAUGAAGCAUUUCCACUAACGAAAAAUAUAAUGAGACCGUACCCUGCGAAUCAAUUGGCAAAUAUAGAGAAAAGAGUUUUUAAUUACAGACUAAGUCGAGCAAGGCGUAUUGUGGAGAGUGCUUUUGGCAUUCUUCAAUCAAGGUUUGAAAUAUUUCAGAGGAGAAUGCAAGUACAAGCAAAAUAUAUAGAUAACAUCAUUUUAGCCUGCUGUUCUUUACAUAAUUACAUCAUUAACAAUGCAACGACGGAACUUCCAAACCCACUACAGGAAAGUGACAUUUUAGAAAGUUCCGUGGAUAACAAUGUAGUUGGCGAUACCGAUAUUAUCAUGUGCGAGGGUAUGGUCAUUAGAUAUCAAUUUAAACAAUAUUUUAACUCUGAACAUGGGUCAGUUAGUUGGCAGAAUAAUAUUGUCAAUAGAUCAUAAAAUACCAACGAUCUAUAAGUCAAUGUAAUUAAUUAUAUAUUAUAUAUACUUAUACUUAUUAUAACUCAAUAAAAAAUACAAUGUUUAUGAUGCUUACUUACGUGUUUU